AUUAACUUAAUAUUAAUUAAUUUAUCGCAAAGAAAAGGAGGAGAAUUUCUCCCUGGCAAAGCCUUAAACGCAAAGGAAGCGUUUCGCUUUCCUAUCUCUCUCUCUCUCUCUCUCUCUCGAUCUCGAAACUUAUCUGCGUAUAAAUUAGCCCAGAAGAAGAGAGAAGGAAAGGGAAGAAGAAGAAGAAGAAGAAGAAGAAGAAGAAGAAGAAUGGGAGUUUUUUCAAACAAGAUCGGAAGAGAUGAGUUGAAGCCAGGGGAUCACAUCUACUCUUGGAGGCACGCUUAUAUAUACUCUCAUCAUGGGAUAUAUGUUGGCGAUGGAAUGGUGAUCCACUUCACACGUGGAGCAGGUCAGGAGAUAGGGACAGGAACUGUUUUAGACCGAAUAAUUUUCAGCUCUUCUUCUUCUUCUCGUACUUCGGACAAUCCAUGCCCUAAAUGUGGGGAUCAGUCAAGGCUUGAUGGUGUCAUUCAAUCCUGUAUAGAUUGUUUCCUUUCAGGUGGGGACCUGUACCGCUUUGAAUAUGGUGUCUCACCAGCAAUCUUUCUUGCUAAAGCUAGAGGAGGGACCUGCACCCUUGCUGCUUCUGAUGCACCAGAAGAUGUCGUCCACCGUGCUUCUUUCCUACUUGAAAAUGGUUUUGGUGGAUAUAAUAUUUUCAAGAACAACUGUGAGGAUUUUGCAAUCUACUGCAAGACAGGUCUUCUGAUAUUCACGAGCAUCAGUGUUGGUCGAAGUGGGCAGGCAGCAUCUUUAUUAGCUGCUGCCAGUGCUAUUAUUUCUUCACCACUUCGAUUUUUAACUACCAGCUUUAGCGGGCUGACGGCUGUGGGUUGUGGUAUGUAUUGUAUCAGCCGGUUUGUUUCUGAUAUUGGAAUACGUCGUGAUGUGACCAAAGUGCCAGUUGAGAGGCUUGUUUCCCAGUCUAGUUUGCAAGAGCUGGAAGUUGCAGCUGAUGUUACCAAGGAAAAGCAACAUUAUUUACUAACAGAAAAUUGUGUGGAUUAAACGAAGUGCUACCUGCUAUCCAGUCGAUGGUAUGAUGCUGGCUACAGAAAAAUAAAUUUCCCUGUGAAUUGCAAUGAUGCAUUGAUAAAGUAUGUAAUAUGAUCUCAUUGUGAAAUGCUUAUUGAGACAUGUAUUCUUCAUUCAUGGACAAAGACUAUUUUUUAGUUCAUGUUUGGUAAGUGAGUGCCAUUUGUAUCUCUAA